ACACGUGACUAUGUAACUUUCGUCAUAGCGCUAGUUUGAGGAAGAGAGUCUGGGGAAUGCGAGACUAUCAUAGCGCCGACUUUGAUACAUGCAUACAUUGGUCUGUGACCAUAGCAAAUGCAUAUUUGUCGUCGUGUCUUCAAAUAACGUUAUCUAAAUCCAAGUAGAUCAACUCACUAACACCUAAAAAGAUGACGGAAGGUGGACGUGGACAUGAGAAGAAAGGGAACAAUGAUAACACUGAGUUAUGCGCCUAUCGACUUCUCGAAUGUCCUAUUUGCCUGGAGCAGAUGCGACAACCGAAGUCUCUUCCCUUGUUUACAUUCCUUCUGUGAGGAAUGUCUCGGUACCUACAUCGUCACAGACUUGUCAGGUGAGAUGGCCGCCGCGACCUCAUUCCCCUGUCCGGUCUGUAGGAAGAUCACAUCACCAGUCGAUCCCUCUGAGAGUAAGGAGACUUGGGCACGGCAGUUUCCGGUCAACAGCCUCGUUCAGGAUUUUAUCUAUCACAAACGGAUGGCAGAUUAUUCAUUUAUUGUGGUCCAUGCAAGAAGACAAAAACCAAGGAGACACCAGCAAAGUUUUUGUGCAGAGCAACUGACAUGUUGUUUUGUGAGCUUUGCAAAGAAAAUUUCCAUGAUGUAGUUCAUGAAAGUUGUGACAUUGUCUUUAUUACUGAGACAAAUCAGGGACGUGUUACAGAAACAGCCUAUUCAUACAACAUGUUCAUCGCACAACGAGAAGAGGGAUUGUUAUUGUGAAGAUCAUGGAUUUCUCGGAUGCAACAAAUGUAUUAUCACAGAUCAUCGACGUUGUGACGCAGUGACGAGCGCAAAAGAAUAUUGUGAAAAGCAAAAGGAAAGCUCUCGGCUAGAUGACAUGGGCAAGUCCCUCAAAAAGGCUUUCGACUGUAUGGAGUUGAUGGUAAAAUCUAUUGAUGAUAAAGGUGAUGCCAUGCGACAAUGCCAGGAAAUUAAUUUAAGCAGUAUUUCAGAUGUACGACAAAGAAUCAACAGCUAUCUCGACAAGAAACAGGAGGAGAUAACUCAAGACUUGAUAUCCAAAUACAAAGCUGAGAAAGCCAAGAUUGAUGUAUCAAGACAGAAGUGUAGUAGACUCCGGGCUGCCAUUCAGAAUACAAGGGAAGCAUCCAGGACAGCAGCUCGGAUUGACGACCACAUAGGGAUGAUACAGCUGUUCCAUCGAGGUCAGACAGAGCUUUUGGCGUAUAGCGAUCUGAUCGACGAUAUAUCAUCCUCAAAGUCAGUCAGUAUAAAACACAAUAUCGACCCAAGCCUUGAUACAAUCGACCAGACCAGUCCAUUGACCCUUGGCACAAUCUUUGUUGAGGAGCAUCCGUGUACCAUACCUGACGGGGUGGAUUACGUAGAAAACCAUACCAUGCUUUCUAACAGUCGCGUCAGGAAAUUAAGAAAGUUUACAAUUAAGGUUCCGUCCGAUGAAAGUCUUUGUAAUGUUCACGGAGUUUUGUUAAUGUCGAAUGGAGACAUAAUCGUAAGCGAUUUUCAAAACGAUCAUUUGAAACUGUUUUCUUGUCAAGGACGGUGUUUGGAUGUUCUGAAAAUCAAUGGAUACCCACAUGACGUGUGUUUAGUAGAUGAUAGUACAGUAGCUGUUGCUGUAUCUCGUGGCCAAAUCGGCAUACAUGUCAUGAAGGUACAUGACUCCGUGCUGACCCUAUUGACCGUUAUUAAAAUGCCAGAGGAAUGUUACGGUGUAACGUUUAAAGACGGAAAGUUCAUGGUGAGUACUCCAAAAGACAUUUAUAGAGUAGGAAUGGAAGGCGAAUCGGAGAAAGUUGACCAAUUGCCGAAAGAUUGCUACAAUCUCGCCUCUUGUCCAAACGAAAAACGCACAUUAGCCAGUAUGAGAACGUCUAAGACGGGUGACGUCGUGGUUACUAAACUGUCUACUGGUGUUCAGACAUGUGUCAUGCGUGUUGGAUUAGUCAAGGAUGCGAGGGGGAUAGAUGUAGACCGUCAGAGGAAUCUGUAUGUCUGCGGCUACGAGUCCAACAACGUUGUACAAAUGUCUACAUGUGGGACACGGAUCAGAGAACUUCUGACGUCACAGGAUAGUAUCGACAAGCCCCGGGCUAUAUCUGUUUGUGGGGACAGGUUCGUAGUACAUUAUGUAAGCAACGAAUCACCACAAGAUCGGAACAAUAUCCAUGUAUAUCAGCUCUACUGAUGUACACAUCAUGUCUGACAAUUAAAAUAAUUCUUCAUAAUAAGCUGCAGUUUCACCUAUUCAAAAAUCUUUCCACGGUUAGAUGUAAGUGUGAAAAGUGUCCAAACGUAGGUAUACUUUAAGGUAUAUACGUAACUUCUUAAAACUGAUUGAAAACCAAGACAUGGACUGAGCCAGAACAGUGUACAUUUUUGACUCUCGCCUGAUAUCUUGAAAUAUGUAAAAAAAAAAAAAAAAAACAACAACAUUUAUUCGAAAGUGGAUCUCGCAUAUAUCGCUUAAAUCGGCACCAUGCCGAUUGUUUUAAAUUAAUUCUUCUCGAUGGGAUUUAGAUAUGGGUUGACUCGAUGAGAUGAUCCUCGACCCUAAUGGAGAAUUGCGAUGUUGAACUGGAGUCGGGGAUGGAGGAGAGGGAAAAUCGUGUGAAUAUUCAUUAUUAACUGAUUGUACUGGUAAGCAUGUAUGACACCUGAACAUGACGUUGACGCUUACCAUACCGCAACGACACAUUCAUUUCAUAUUUUGCUUGAAAUUGAUCUAAUAGAGACGCAUUUAGGGCACAUGUGACGGAGUGGUAUUAUACGGCAUUCAUAGUCCAGUCACUUUAAAUGUGAACAUUUCAAGUAGAUAUCCUUUGUGUUGAAGUCUAUAAUAUGUCGUAGAAAUGACCUUUAUCUACAAGAGUUAAACGUAUGUAUGUUGAAAAAAUUCAAGCAACAUGAUACUCUGAUCUAGAGUGGCGAUACUUUUAACAUGGAUCAUUCUAGUGUUUAGGUCAAUGUUAACUCCCGUUUUGAUAAUGUGAUCACUUAUGGCAGGUGUCGCUAAUGAAGCAGAAAACGUUUAAACUUCCGAAGCAUAUUGUCUUAUUCUCCUUGUACGUUUUCAAAGUUCUUCAUACAAAUCUUUAUGUUGCCAUUAUUUUAUUGAUUUUGAGUUAAGGUUACAAUUUUGUCAAAAUUUGAAUUCUUUGUGGGAUUUUGAUGGAAUUUAGUAUACAUGUGUAGUCUUGACAUUAGACACUGUUGCGAUGUCAACUACUUAUUUACAACUACGGAGAUUGUUUGGCGACAUACGUCAUGGUGCCCGUCACAAUUAGUACCUGUUUAUGCAAUGCUGUUCUGCUUCUCUAACACGUAAUUGUAACAACCUUAACAAUACCCGGAGUGAUUUGAUAUGACAUUCAGUGCUUUUAUAUAUUGUAGCGUAGUUACGUCUUGUCAUUUUCCUCUCGUGAUGUACUGUUGAGUGUAGACAAACCUUUACAUCUAGUGCACUUGUAGUGCACAAUGUGUAGACUACAUACAGGUAAUGAGCCAUGACUACCUGUGAUUUUUACCUGUAAGUCACCUUGUUUAUCAGUAUUUGUAUCUUGAUUUAUAGACGGAACCUAGUCUUACCUUAUAACUUGAAGUUAAAACCAGUUAAACCUAGAUUUUUGUUUAUCAAUUUGAGUUAUAAUAAAGCUGUGCCUAAUGUUUAAAAUUAAUUCCAGUAAAAUGACCAAAUAAUGUAUGUAGUAUAAAUACUAUAUGUACCAUAAUACAUGUAUUAAGUUUCGUUUGAAUAGCACACGGAAUGAUAUUUUCCAAGCACCAAAAACCUUGAAAUGCAAAUGUCGGCUGUGAAUAAUAUAAAACAAUAAUGGCAUAUAAGGAGGCAUGUCAAUCAUCAAAAACGCUCUUAUUACACACUAUUUAGAUCUUUGAACACAACAAGAAACUCGUUUUCAGGAAAAAUAGUUCAAUCGCAGUUUGAUUAAAAAUAUGUAGUUUUCUGAAAAUAGUCCCAUAUUUCACUGUUUAACUAUUUGUCUCAAAAACCUUCCUCAUACUGAGUUCAGAGGUCUUUAUAGUAUCUAAUAUGGGUAUUUUUAGUACCUGAAAUGGCUCUCUAUAUGCCAUAUUUGCGCAAUAUAAUUCACUGCCACUACUUGCAUUUCAAGGUCAAAAGAGAAUCGAUGUUUAUGUCGAAUCUGGUCAAACAAACGUUCGUACUACCUGCUAUACAUGUAGGCACUUGUGAGGAAAACGGCAUGGUUAUUUUGUGCAAGAUGUCUUAUUCGAAUGAGCUUUCUGCGUUCUCCUGAAACUUGCAUUUUACGCAUGUUUUGCCGAAAUUGACAGAUACAGGCUCAUGGAUUGCCAUCACAUAUAUCAACAAUUGGUCGAGUUACUUCUGUUCCACCAGAAUAGUGAUUUAUUAAAAACAUUUGCUUGUAAAAUAUUUGGAUUUGCUGUUUAUAUGAACCUUAAAAAUUCAAAGUUAUAUUUUUAAAAGAUGUAUUGUCGUUUCCCGCUUAUCCUGACCUAGACUACGUACAACGAAAGUCUGGUCUAAAAAAUACAGGUAAAAUAUCCCUGAUCCCAGUGAUUUUUAAAGCAUCAAAAUAGAUCGCAAUAGUCCAUUGGUGCGCUAUGUUUUGUGAAAGGAUUAUGUAGUCAAUCAAUACCAUUUAAAAUAAAGUUAAAUUGACUUAUUGAA